GGUACAAAUGCUCUAAAUGAAUACAAGGUUGAAUAUGGUCUCUAAGGAAAUGGAGGACAGAUAUUUUCAGUUUGUUUCCCAACCUACCUCAUCUGCGCUUUCCUGAUCAACACAAAAACAUGAAUGGGUCUGAUCCAUUCUUCACAUUCUGAUGUUCCUGUUUCUCUUUUCUCAUGGACAGGGAAUUGAUUGUGAUGAAGAUGAAAUAUCAGAAAUCAGCCUGGAAGAUGGGGAGGAUCUUCCUCCAAGCAUCCCAACCACAGCUUCUCUGGAUGCGGCUGAUCUUCCUCCUGAAAGCGUCAGCAAGGAACAUCUGAAGGCCAGACUUACGGAGGUCGUCGCCACGAUGAAGAGUGGGAAGAUCCGAAGGAAGGCGCUCCGAGAUCUUUCCGCCCUCCUGCAGAAGAUCCAGGAAUAUCCUUCGGAAGCGCUUCCUGCAUCCUCCCUUGGCCAACUGGUGGCUAUUUCCUCUCUGUGCGCACUGGAUCCGGACCUGGAGUGCAAGCAGCGGGCAGCAGAGGCCCUCUGCCAUCUUCUGCCCAUUCUGCAGCGCAACGAAGAGACACUGGCAGGAACGUUAAGCAACCAAAUACUUAUCACCAGAGCUGAGAAGGUCCUCAAAUCCCCCGGAGGACCGGUUCCUGAAUUGUUCGUGAAUAAUUGUUUCCAUCUUGCCAGGGUCUUUGGCGCCUUUCUCCCUGCGGAGCAGCUCUUGGAGGCCAUGUGCUUCCUGGCCAGAGACCUAGUUGUCGAGAGCAGCUUCAACCCACUGGAUAUCUCCCACUUACUGCAAGAAUUCAUCAAGCAGUUUGGCGGCACAAAAGUGGAGGUGAAGGUGCUGCUGGAGGCCUUCUAUAAGAUCGCCCAGGGGCCUACAGUGCAAGGCAGAGACAUGGCCGUCGUUGCUUUGUCCACCCUGUCACACCAGCACCUGGUGAAAGUGGUGGAAUAUCUCUUCCAGUUUCUCUUCAGAGACUGUGAGAGAGUGUGGAAGGAGGUUUUAGCAUCGGCCGAACCAGAAAAGUUGAUCCAUCUCAUGGCCAAGCAGAUUUACCAAAGCCCCUUGGCGGAAUCUGCCACCCAAGUGCAACAUCUCACCAGCCUGUUGCACGCCAUCCUCAGGAUGGAGGACUACAAGGCAGCUGUGCGCCAGAACUUCCCACAGCUGCUGAUCGCUCUCCUGGGGAUGGUUAUGAACUUCCACUACGACCAGGAAUUCCUCGGAGGGGCUAAGGAAGUUCUGCACCUCCUUCUUGGCACCACUGGAGAGGAAGUAGAGACGGCCAUCGUCGACCAACUUUUCUGCCGGGAGAAUUUCAGCCAGGGGUUGUCUGCCAUGGUGAGAGCUAUCGGAAAGCGACGCUGGUGGAUCCCUCCCAUGGCGGAAAAUAUCACCGCUGCUCUCAAGGACAAGGCAUUUGCUGGAAUGCCACAAGUUGCGGCAGCUAUCUACAUCGAGCUGCUCAGCUGCCAUCUGCUUCCCUGUGAGGAUACACUGGAGCAGCUCUUCAACUGGCUGGAACAUGACUACCUGCAAGUCCGGAAGCUCAGCAUCAGAGGGAUAUCCCUGCUUCUGGACUCUGACAUGGAUCCUUCGCUUCUGCGGCUCUUGCUGCUGGAUUCCCUCCUUGAUGCAAAAGCCGAUGUCCUCCCAGAGUUGAUAGAGCUGGUACACCGAGCCUACCUCUCCGGGGACCUGGGAGAGAAAGAGCUGAAGAUGCUGGCGGCAACUUACUGCGGUCUGGUUGCCCAUGAGGAAGACUCCGUCCGGGCAUCAGCCAUCCAACAUCUGGGGCUGCUUCGAGGCUGGGUGAGAGACCAAAGGCUUCCCAUAACAUCAACAGAAGAAGAAGCCAUUAACGAACUGGUUGUCGUCCUCAUUCACCUCGAAGACGAGGAUGAGGUGGCCAAGGCCGCAAGGAGGGCUCUUUCCCAUCUAGCCCCAGAAGUCAAGUGGUGGGCUCAUCCCAACAAAUUUAGUCUCCACUUUGCUCUCCACCAGGCUGCCAAGCAUCUGGUAAGGUCCCUCUGCUUCUUUGGCAGCUUUGCCCAGGGAUGUCUUUGGGAGUGCAAGGCUCUUCUGCCAUGCUCUCAAGCCUCUCUGAUGCCACUUCUCCUUUGUCUUUGCCCACAGAGCAAGACCUUCAGCAAGGACAUCCUUCGGAGUGUUGCCUUGUUAUGUACGGAGCUGUCUGCAAACAGGCUGCCAGCAGUCUCCAGGAUGGCAGCUCUGCUUCUGGGUCAUCUGGCUUUCCGGGAUGCCGGUUUCAUCCACAAUCAAGACAUGGCAUCCUAUGGAAAAUGGCUGGAAGAGAUGCAGCAGCACGACGAAGAAAGGCUCAGGCAGACAGGGAGGAGCUGCCUGAACAUCAUGCAGCGGGCCUAUAGACAUCGGGAGGAAGGAAGGGUCCUGCGCUUUUUGAGGAGGAUGCUCCACUGCUUUCACAGGGAACCUUACCCACAGGACUUCCUGAGCUGCAUGCCAGAACAUCCGGAGUAGCGCCAGGCCAAGGCAACGCGGACACCAGAGUUGUGCUGCAGAGAUACCAUCUUCUGCUCUCCGCAGGAUCCAGUCUGGACCAGCGCCAGGAACAUCACCGCCAUCAGGAUCGACCAAGAGGAGUGGUGCUGCCCUCACGACCCUCCGUACACAGUGGUCAAGAUGCACAUCAGGGUUAACAUCAACUUCAUCGUGAUCAAGGAACUCCAUGGGUUCAAGGAGACCAAGGAUAUCAACAACUCCUCUUUCUGUGCUGAGGUCCCUACAGGUAAGCGUUUGACCUCUACUAUUUCUUCUAGGGUCACUAUUGCAUAUCCUGCCUUCCUUUUCCCUUCCCAGAUGAAGCUGCUCCUGUCCAUGAAGUAUUCCACAUCAUGG